CGGCUCGCCGGCAGCCGCCGCCCCACAGCCCCGCCGGCUCCUAACGCCCGGAAACAGCGGCACCGCGGCUUCCCCCGCGCAGACAUGAGCGGGCUCGGGGCCGCCUCGGAGCCGCCGGGCUGGCGGCAGGGCAGCAGCGAGGUCUUUGCUCCUGAAGAGACGCGCGCCGCCGCACCUGUGGGUUUCCUGCAGCAGCUGCCCAGCUACCAGUCGGCGCGGAGGCGGCGGAGCGCGCCCGGCGGGGGCACCCAGGAGCGGCGGGCGGCCCCGCAGGGCUCCGUGAGGCGCCGCGGGUCUGAGGCCCGGGGGCCGGAGCGGGAGGAAGACGACCAGGCGGCUCGUCCUGCGAGGGAGUACCCCUUGAGCAUCGCGGAGAAGAGGAGAUUGAGGGACUGGCAGCAGGCCGAUACAAAAUAUUUAUCUGGGUGGAAGCAGUGGAAAAGAGCCAGCAGCAAAUCGGUGAAAAAAGUUCUCAAUGAAGCGAAGGAGUUGUCAUCUUACCUGCAGCUUUGGCGACGUGAUAUUCACAGCAUAGAAGGGAAAUUCGGCACUGGCAUCCAGUCCUACUUCUCCUUCCUGCGUUUUCUGGUCCUGCUGAAUUUUGUAAUUUUUAUCCUGAUGUUUAGUUUUGUUACCCUUCCCAGCAUCAUUUCCAAAUAUGAAAUAUUCAACAGUACAUUUGCUAAAAUUCCUCCACAGAACACAGAGGCUCACUGCACAGUUUAUACACCUAGUGGUAAUAAGGGACUUGUUUCCUUCUAUACUUACCUCAAAGAUUUGCUCAGUGGCACUGGGUUCCUUGAAGUGACAAGGUUGUUUUAUGGCUAUUACACAAUAGAUGCUGCAUGGUUCAGUAUCCUGAGGUACAAUUUGCCACUAGCAUAUCUGCUGGCUACAUUUGCCUACCUUGCAUUAAGUUUCCUCUGGAUAAUAAAAAGGUCUGUGGAAGGAUUUAAGCAGAACUUGGUGCAUGAUGAAGACCAGUUUCAGAGUUAUUGUAACAAAGUCUUUGCAGGCUGGGACUUCUGCAUUACAGAUCCAAAUGCAGCACGGCUAAAACAUCGCAGCUUGCUAUAUGAGCUCCAAACAGAUUUGGAGGAAGAAAGGCUGAAGCGAAAAAUAGCUGACAGGACAGUGAAAGAAAAGCUGCGCAUCUACUCUUUGAGAAUAUUUAUAAAUAUAAUUGUCCUUGCAGUUUUAUCAGGAUGUUUUUACUCUAUUUCUAGAGCAACUGUUUUCUCUCAAGAAAACUCCAAUGACAUCAGCAAUGUGAACUUCCAGGCUAAUCUCUUAGUGCAGUAUUUGCCUUCCGUGACGAUCACAUUGGCCAACUUCAUUGCUCCUCAGAUCUUCUCAUUUCUGAUCAGAUUUGAAGAUUACUCACCAGCCUUUGAAAUCAGGCUGACACUCCUGAGGUGUGUCUUUGUGCGGUUGGCCAAUAUCGGUGUUCUCUUGUUCUCGCUGUGGAGUCAGAUCUCCUACUGUGCCACCGACGAGUGUAAGGCCUGUGGAUACAAUUACGAACUCUAUCCUUGCUGGGAAACUGAGGUUGGGCAAGAAAUGUAUAAGCUGAUGAUAUUUGAUUUUAUUAUAAUUCUUGCUGUGACCCUGUUUGUGGACUUUCCUAGAAAGUUGUUAGUUGAUCAUUGCUCUUGGAAGCCAGUUCAGUGGUUUGGAUUGCAGGAAUUUGGAAUUUCUGACAAUGUCCUGGGAAUCGUUUAUGGGCAAACUAUCUGCUGGAUUGGAACCUUCUUUUCACCACUUCUCCCUGCAAUAGCAACUAUAAAGUACUUCAUCAUCUUUUACAUUAAAAAGAUCAGUUUGAUACGCACAUGUAAACCUUCAGCCAGGCCUAUCAGAGCAUCAAGUUCCAAUUUUUUCUUCUUGGUGGUGCUGUUGAUUGGGCUCAUCUUGGCUUUUAUUCCUUUGGGAAUAAGCAUAGCAUAUAUCCCCUCCUCCAAGGCAUGUGGGCCGUUCAUGAGUUUUAACACUUCAUGGGAAGUUGUUCCAGACACAGUACUUGGUUUUCCAACAGGUCUGCAGCAGGUCAUUUAUGGCAUAGCAUCAGAAGCCUUUGCAGUGCCUUUCUUUAUGGUCAUUUGCCUUGUUAUGUUCUAUUUUAUGGCCUUGGCUGGAGCACACAAACGAGUGGUUGAGCAGCUGAGGGAGCAACUGGUUAUGGAGAGUCGUGACAAGCUGUUCUUAAUCAGGAAGAUAACAGAAGCUCAGAGGUGUCCUUGAAAACCACAAAAAGCCAGAAGAACUUGACUUCUCCAAACUCACAGAACCGCUAGAUAAGAGUAGAAGCAUCUGCAGCACCUAAAAACUGAGCAGCUGACUGGCACCCUGGCACUGCGGUCUGUGUAAUGGACACCUGUGGUCUUAGUCUUGAUUGUGCUAGUGGGCCUUAAAGUCUCCAGGACUGGAAAUUUAGCUAAUUUAUACUGUGCUAGACCUGUGCAAAAAAUUGUAUGGUAGGACGCUAUUGCUGCUACAAUGUCAGGGUUGUUGGGGUUUGAUAAGUCUCUAUUUUUCAGGGUAUUGGGGUAAAAUGUGAUCAGAACUGAAACUCUGUUAAAGAACUUUGUACUGUUUCUACAAAUUAUGCCUUAAAUCAAGCCAAAGCAAAAGAGGAACAUAUGUCAGUAUUUUGAAAUACUGCAUAGGAGAAGAAAAUACAUCAUGGGUUUGAAAUCAGAUUUCUAAAUAUUUUCAGAGGAGAGACUUUGAUAUUUAUUUUGCUCUGAAAGAGCAAGUGCAGUUGAACACUGGAUAACUUCACACAAGGGCUCAGAGAAGACAAGUUGAUAAGAGAAUGCUGGGAGUUGGAAGAGACCACCAGCCAGGCCAGUGAGCGGGGACAGCCAUUGCUCAGGUACCAGCCUCACUGCUGUGGAGUGCCUUUUUUGUUGUUUCAGUGUGUUAAGGCAUUAUUACUUGUGUUUUAUUCUUGUACAAACAUCCUGACUACUGUUCUCUUUGUUUUAAAAUGUGAAUAUUGAGAGUUAAAUUAUAGUUUGGAAAUACAGCCUUCAGAAACUUAUGUCAGUACCCUUCAAAUUCACAUUUCUUUUCUCUUAAAUGAACUACAGGAGCUGCGUGAUUCUGAGAGAAUCCAAGUAGACCACUACCUUUCCUUUAUUUAUAGAUUGUGUUUAAGGACUUCCUGUACAGGGUUGUGUUUAAGACUUGAAACGUGCAGUAGUACACUGUUAGUUAAUACGUGAGAGACUGUUCUUUUUAUAACAUGUUUUGGAAUGUUUUCUGUCUUCAUUUUAAUGAAAUUAUAUUGUAAAAUAAUAAUUUAUUGGACGUUGA